ACAGCAGCACGGCGAACCCUGGAGGAAGCAAAGUGGAACUCGCCACUUCUUCUUCCAUUCACUGAAGAUGUUAAACGUCUGCAUGUGUAUCUUGACCAGCAGGAGAAAUUGUAUCGCAAACUCUUGUCAUCACAGCCUUCAUCUCAGCACUGGGCAAAAUUGGCCAAGGUUACAUUAACUCAGAUUAUGCUUUUUAAUCGGAGACGAGAAGGGGAAGUGUCACAAAUGCCUUUGUCCGCAUACACUUCCAGCAACCAGUCAGAUGGACAUCCGGAUAUUAGCAUGGCCCUCUCAGAGUUGGAAAAUAAACUGUGUCAGUAUUUCAAGAGAUUAGAGAUUAGAGGCAAAAGAGGCAGAAAGGUUCCUGUCCUUGUCACUCCUUCAAUGCAAGAGUCAAUCAGGCUACUAAUUGAGAACCGAAAUGGGUGUGGAGUACCGAAUGAGAACUCUUUCCUCUUUGCACGUCCAUUUGCAUUGACUUUUUACAGAGGCUCUGACUGCAUCCGUGAAUUUGCAGUUGCAUGCAAUGCUAAAAAUCCUCAAACUCUCACUUCCACAAAGUUGAGGAAACAGAUUGGUACCCUCUCUGAAAUUCUCAAUCUGAGCAACACUGAGCUCGAUCAGCUGGCUGACUUUCUAGGCCAUGAUAUUCGAGUACAUCGUCAGUUUUACCGGCUGCCUGAGGGCACCCUUCAGCUGGCCAAAAUGAGCAAAAUUUUUCUGGCACUUGAAAAAGGACGCUUGGCAGAUUUUAAAGGUAGAAGUCUUGACGAAAUCGACAUCGAUCCAGAAGAGGAAGUUACAGUGGACAGCGAUUUAGAGGACACUAAUUCCAAUCUGAAAGGUAACAAUUACAUUGUCAAUUUAUUUUCCAGAUAGGGAUGUUAAUUUCGGUU